AAUGAUGGCCUGAAGUCUUAUUUACCAAAGAACAAUAUUGGAAACCAAGUGUUGCAAGUAAAGAUAAUUUUGUCGGGUCUUAAUUCAUAUGAUAAGACCUUUUUUUGAUCGCUUGACACUCGCUUUACACAAGAAGUGUCGCUCAUAGCUUUUGGUCUAAUCAGACCGCAAAAUAUACAUUUCUUUGGCAAUACCCCAUUUUAUUAAAGUUUAAUUAUCGGCUUCGCUAAUUUGAUCUUCCAUUGAAAGGUCUGCAGGAAGUGGCAUUGAAAAAAGAAACUUUACGAAGACUCGAUGCGAAGAAAAAUUAAAUAAUUAUAUAAACAAAACCGCCGAAACGACAGGAUUCAACAGGAGAGCGAGAACUGUGCAACAUACUGUGUCCUCGUCGAAUGGAGGCUGGUAAAUGGAAAUUAAGCAUUUUCUGACAUCCCUGAACUGGAAAACAAAAUGAUUUGCUCAAGUGUAUUCUUUGGAUUGUUUCUCUGGCGAUGGAUAGUUUUUUCAGAUGCAAGCAUUCCAAGUGCUGAACAAUCCCUCGUUGAAGGUCUGCUAAGUCACAAUGUUAACGUAAGGCCCGUGCGUAGCCAAAACACGACUACCAGGGUGAUUUUCGGCCUAGAAAUUGUUCAGAUCAUUUCCGUGGACAACCGUAAUCAGGUGCUCAAAACUAAUGUAUGGAUACGACAGCGUUGGAAGAAUGAACUUAUGGUUUGGAAUUCAAUUCAAUAUGAAGGCGUAAAUGAAACCAGACUGGAUCCUCAAACAGUAUGGACCCCUGAUAUAGUACUUUAUAAUAGUGCCGACAGCGAAUCAAACAGUGGAGUAGAAAAGUUCAAAACACGUGUCAUUGUAGGCAGUGAUGGUUCAUCAGCUUGGUACAGUCCUGCCAUCUACAUCACUACUUGCGAACUAGAUAUCACCUACUUCCCUUUCGAUCAGCAGAAUUGCUCAAUGCAGUUUGGUUCGUCCACGUUCACGGCUACCGAGGUCGAUUUGAUCACCGCUAAUUCUCCGAUGUUUACCGACAAGUUCACGAAGAGUUCCGAGUGGGAACUUAUUGCUGCUUGGAAAAUCAGGCGAACACAAACACACGCGUGCUGCAAGGAGCCUUUGGCUUACAUUAACAUUGAAAUGAUUAUCCGACGCAAGCCUUUAUUCUACGCAUUCAACUUGAUUACGCCGUGUAUGAUCAUAUUGAGCGUGAUUCUGUACGGGUUUUGUCUUCCACCAGAAUCUAAAGAACGUAUCACGUUGAACAUCACUGUUCUUCUUGCGAUGUGUGUAUUCAUUCAGCUCAUGGCCGAGGCUUUGCCACGAAGUGCAAGGAACACGCCCCUACUGGGAAGAUUCUAUCUCAUGAUUAUGAGUGAGGUUGCGGUCUCGUUAUUUGCUACUUGCUGUGUCCUCAAUACACAUCAUAGGAAUCUAGGGACAGUUGCGAGUGUGCGCAUGCCGGCAUGGAUCGAGGUAGUGGUUCUCCAUUGGCUAGCAGCUGUCUUAUGUGUACGGAGGCUUCCGCCUUAUUUGGAAUCUCAGAACGAUAUGAUAGACGUUGAAAACUCGAACCAUACCUUAACGCAUGAUAUUAUGGACAAAGUGAGUCCAGUCAUGAACGGGCACGCCCAUCGGGUGACGAACGGGCAUGCGCAUAAAGAAAAGCCCGCUGUCCUUAGAUGCGCCACUCAUAGUGCGGAGAGUGAAAGCUUACCUCUCGCGUCUUUUAUGAAAAACAGAUGUACAAACAGCCGGACGCAUGAUAGAUAUUUGAGAGACGCUAGUAUUAUGGCAAGAAGGAGAUCUACGAAGAGAGCAAUAGAAAAAGGGGAUCAGAAAUGGAAGCACGUUGCCUUGGUGAUGGACCGUUUGUUUUUCUGGUUGUUUGUCAUUACAAUCAUUAUGUCAACUUUGAUUGUUUUCAAGGAGAAAUUCCGUCAAAUAUUUGGUGAAGAUUACGCUGAUCAGUAGGAUGCCGUGAUAUGAUAUAUUUAUACUAGAAAGUAUCAAUCACAAUACACCUUUUUCUCUUUCAGUAAAUACCGUUUUAUGACUAAAGACCUGAUUUGCACAGGUUCAGCCUCGUUUAAUAACAAAUUCUUUGCAAAAGGUAACUGUAUUGUAAAGRAAGUGCAAAUUGAAUAAUAACAAAGUUUCGGAAUCCCACGGACUUUUAAUGGUAUCUUUGAAUAGCUGACUUAUAAACCAAAUCGAAAAUGGCAACCGAAAUUGAAUAACUAUUGUUCUGGACCGACUAGCCUUUCAUACAUGUGAAAACGUUUUCAUGUUUCCACGUCGGCAUGAGGCCAGUCAGUUAAAAACAAUAGUUAUUCAAUAUUUCGAUUCCGUGUAUAAAAGAGACUAAAUAUGUACAAAUGAGUCUGUGGUCUUUAAAAUCAGCGGUAUGCACCAAA